UUGGUCAUAUGAUAUGCUGCUGGAGCUUUUCCACUGAGGAGUCUGCGGCUCUGCGUUUCUGCUUUUCUCGCUUUUCUCUACAAAGUUCCGACACAAACCCGCGGUACUGAAGUUAGACAUGCCGUUCAGAUAGGACUGAGAGGAAGAGAGGCGAUUUCUUUUGGACCUUCACCGAACUGGCACUAUCAUGGCAGUACUGUUGGAGCAGUAUCGCAAGAGAAUACAGACUGAGCUGGACAGAGUUGUGGAUUUCUGGCUGAAAUAUUCUCAUGACGAACAAUAUGGUGGGUUUUUCACCUGCAUUGGAAAAGAUGGGAAGGUCUAUGAUGAACUUAAAUAUGUGUGGUUACAGGGCAGACAGGUGUGGAUGUACUGCCGGCUGUACCGCACAGUUGAAAGGUUUCACCGGCCUGAGAUCCUUGAAGCUGCCAGAUCAGGUGGUGCUUUCCUUCAGCGAUUUGCUCGAGUCCGGUCGUCAGAUGGUCCAGGGAAGUGUGCGUUCUGUCUGACGAGGGAUGGCCGUACUGUGAAGGUUCAGAGGACAAUCUUCAGCGAGUGUUUCUAUGUCAUGGCUAUGGAUGAGCUGGCCAGAGUCACGGGAGACGAAGAGAUGCAGGCUGAUGCAGAAAGUAUGAUGGAUCAACUGGUGCAUUGGAUCCGGGUGGACUCGUCGGGUCUGGGUCGGCCUCAGCUGCCUGGUGAUCCACCUGUCAACAGCAUGGCUGUUCCCAUGAUGCUCUUAUGUCUUGUGGAUCAGCUGACGGAGGGCAGGGAGAAGCAGGCAGAGAAAUACAGAGAGCUGGGUGACUGGUGCGUCAAACAGAUACUGCAGCAUGUACAGAGAAAUGGAAAGGCCAUUCUUGAAAAUGUCUCACUGGAUGGAAAAGAGAUACCUGGUUGCCAGGGACGUCUCCAGAACCCAGGUCAUGCCCUGGAGGCUGGAUGGUUCCUCCUGCAGUAUGCAAAGGCAAAAGGUGAUGCAAAGCUGCAGACAUCAGCAGUGGAAAUGUUCAUGGAGGUCCCCUUCCUCACCGGCUGGGAUGAGCAACAUGGAGGACUCUUCUACUUCCUCGAUGCAGAUGGGCAUUGUCCCACUCAGCUGGAGUGGAGUAUGAAACUCUGGUGGCCGCACUGCGAGGCUCUUAUCUCAUAUCUGAUGGCCUACAGUCACUUCAAAGAACCUGCACUGCUGGACAGGUUCAAACAGGUCUACGACUACACCUUCAGCCAUUUUCCUGACGAAGAGCAUGGAGAAUGGUUCGGAUAUUUGAGUCGUCAGGGUGAAGUAGUGUUGGACUUCAAAGGGGGACCUUUCAAAGGGUUCUUCCACGUUCCUCGAUGUCUCUACAUGUGCGAGAAGAUGCUGGAUCAUCUGCUUGCGACGAGCGAGUCUUGAACGUGAUUGUCUGUCUGCUGGGUGGCGUUCUGGAGCUAUGCAUCUUUAUUUCCUCUCAAACACAAGCACCACUGUAUAAUUUCUGCCACAGCAUGUAUGUGUUUACUCUCAUAAUCGAUACUGAGCCAACAUUAUUUGUAUUUCUAAGUGCCAACGUUUCACACAGAUGUGUAUUUUCGUGUCAUGUGUAUGAAUGGAAAAGGGAUCAGUUUUUACUACAAUGCCUUUAUAAGUAAUUAGUGGCCAGUACACAAACAGUUAAUUCCAGGUUUACACUAAGUUUACAUAGUAUAUACAUGGUUAAAAGGGACUGCAGUGGAGGAGAAAAUAGAGUCUUAAGCCCUGUUCAGAACUAUGAACAUUACACUUAUGUUAGUAAGAUGUUGAUCCUUGUUCAAUUAAAGGGGAAACUUACUGACUCUGA